UUAUUUUGCGUGAUUUUAUAAUCAAUCUAUGAGAUUCGUUACUUGAUUAGUGUUACAAACAUUUGAUAUGAUCAUAUUUGUUCGUCCCUGUCCCUACUUCAUUAUUGUUAUUCAGUAUGAACAAAAAUACGACACAAAUUUCAUUGUGUCGUGUUCAUACUAUUAUGCAUCAAAUUUUGUAAUGGGACUGACAGCUCAUGGCAUACCAUUCUAGUUGGAAUUUCAAAACCUGGAAUGUGUCCAGGAGAAAGCUUGAAGAUGCAUGAUUGUAGUUCAAUCUUGGGAGAAAGUUCGGGAGACAAGUAUUGAACAAACGCUGCCAAAUCAGGAGCGUAGUUAUGCCCACAGAAUAAUAUAUAUUGGAACUUGAAAAGUAAUAAGAACACAAAAAAUCUCAGGAAAACUGCUAACACCCGCACCCAUCAAUUAAGACGAUUCUUUGGUUGUUAGUUUACAAUAUUUUAAUUUCAAGACAACUCGUCUUCAGUGAUUGCAUACAUAAUAGUCUGGAAUCGCUUGAUCCACAUUUUGCCUAUUUCCCUACAUUCUAUUUUCCUCUGUAUCCUACAUCUUAGACAAUGGCGGAGGGAACCUUGCCCAACAACCAACUGACUUUGGUGAAAUACGACAACCCCACUCUGGUCACCACUCAUGACAAAAAAGCUCAGAAACGACACCUUCAGGCGAUGGGAGGUCGUCCAACUACCCCCGGGUUCCCGCAAGCACCCAACAUUCCUGGCCUUUCUGGACCUGGAAAUGUGUGUCAGGAUGCUGGAAUGAGCAAGAAGGAAACGGAAGAAAUUUUAAAUGCGAUCCUUCCACCCAAAGAAUGGGAAGAAGAAGGAAAAUUGUGGAGGCAAAUGGUUUCAAGCGUUCCAGCCACUCGGGUGGACGUCAUAAAUCUUCAGGAACAUUUAGAUAUGCGGCUGAAGCAACGCCAGGCUCGCGAAACCGGGAUUUGUCCAAUUCGUCGAGAGCUGUAUUCGCAAUGUUUCGAUGAACUGAUUCGUCAAGUGACCAUCAAUUGUGCUGAAAGAGGUUUGCUCCUUCUCCGCGUUCGUGACGAGAUCCGAAUGACCCUGGCAGCCUACCAAGCUCUGUACGAAAGCUCCACGGCGUUUGGAAUGCGAAAAGCACUGAUGGCAGAAUCAGGGAAGGCCGAACUUGAAAUGAAAAUCCAAGAAGUUAUCGAGCGCAAAGAGAAUUUAGAACGAGACACUCAAGAACUUCGAAUUAAAAUUGAACAACUUGAGAGAAAGUACAAUGAGCAAAAAGAUGCUGAAGAGAAGAAGCAUGCAGAAGAAAUCCAAUUCCUCAAAAGAGCUAAUCAACAGUUGAAGCAACAAUUGGAAAGCAUCAUUGCACCAAAGAAAGGAGGAUAACAAUACUGCAAUCAAUCCUGUUAUUGUAGAAAUUUUAGCGAUGAACUGUCAAGCAAUAUGAGCAAAAAUUUUUCAUUUUUACGGUUUGGAAUAUUUAUGCAAUCAUUGAUGGUGCGAAUAAUAAAUAAAUG